AUGGACCAGCCCGGCGAGCAACAGCCCCUCCUCCACAGCCAGAGCGGCCUGGACCGGCAAGACAGCCCAGAAGAGGCCAGCACAUAUGCCAGGCGGAAGGAAAGAUGUCGGGGCCUGCUCGUGUCCAAGCAGAAGCACUACCUGGUGCUGGCCCUGGUCGCCCUCGACGUCUCGUGCCUGCUCGCCGACAUCUUCAUCACCCUGAUCGACUGCGACAGCAGGAUCAAGAACGACGCAUGGGUCCCUGCCGUCCACGAGGCCCUGGAGGACGCCGGCCUCGUCUUCUCGUGCCUCUUCCUGGCCGAGCUGAUCUUGAGCCUGUGGGCCUUUGGCCUUGAGUUUCUCCAUUCAUGGUUUCACAUAUUUGAUGCUACGGUCAUCGUCGCCAGUUUCCUCGUCGAUGUACUGACUCGUGGUGUUGUCGAGGAGGUCGCCUCACUUAUCAUUAUCCUGCGUCUGUGGCGUUUUGUGAAAAUUAUCGAGGAGCUGAGCGUCGCAAGUUCUGAGCGGAUGGAAGACCUCGAGACGAAGGUUGAGCGGCUUGAGGAGGAGAAUACUAAUCUGAGGAACAAGCUCAAGAAGCUCGAACCCACAGGUGAGAGUGAGCGUGAGUCCGGAGGCAACGACGGUGCUUGA